UUCACAACAAACGAGAAGACAGAAGCAAGAAGGCUGGCGGUGGCGCAACCAUGAACGUGGACGAUGUGGCGGAGCAGGUGUUGCGGGGGGAGAAGGACAUCGAGGAGGUCCUGGGCCCUCUGACGGCCCAAGGGAAGAGGGAGCUCAACACGGUGAUGGCGCGAUCGGAGGCCCAACACAAGCCAUUCGUGACUGCCCCUUCCACCCCCAUGCCACCCAUCGACGAGUACAACACCAAGCACGCGGAGUACGUGCACCCAAAGGACUACGUGAACCCAACGCCACAAGAAGAGCCAUACGAUCUGGUGGUUGUUGGAGCUGGUGUCGCCGGCCUGUUGUCCGUCAUCAUCGGCAACUCGCUUGGGAAAAAAUGCGUGCUGAUUGAAGAACACUACAUGGGCGGGGAUUGCCUGAACGUUGGGUGCUUCCCGUCAAAAGUGCUCAUUGCCAGUGCCAAGCGUGCCCAUCAAGUGAGGACCGCGUCAGACCUGGGUGUCCGCCUUGAUCCAUCCCAGGUUCAAGUUGACUUUCCAGCCAUCAUGCAGCGCAUGCGACGACUGCGCAGCGAAAUUGCGCCCAUCGAUUCUGUUGAGCGGUACAAACGCGAUUUCUGCCACGAAAUCUUCAUGGGUCACGCAACGUUCACGUCUCCGUCAACCAUCGACGUGGACGGAAAGACAAUCAGGUUCCACAAAGGGCGGGAGGAUGAGGACGCGUGCCAACUGCUGCUUGACUCUCUCCGAAAGGACGGCUUGACCGUGAUGCUCAACACAGACGUCACGGAAGUGAAGCUCGUCAGCGAUAGGGAUGAAACGCAUUUAACAAAAGCGCCCUUUCACGAGUACCGCGUGACGUGCAAAGGAAAGGAUGGCCAGGUGCACACCAUCACAUGCAAUGCCGUUCUAAAUGCGACUGGCCGCAUUCCAAACGUUCAAGACCUCAGUCUCGAAAAGGCAAAUGUGGAGUACGACACACUGCGCGGCGUCCGCGUGAACGAGUUCUAUCAGUCUUCAAAUCCGAACGUGUACGCGUGCGGCGACGUUGCCAGUGGCUUCAAAUUCACGCACAGCGCCGACUGGGGCGCGCGCAUCGCCGUCAGGAACAUGUUUCUGGGGAUGUUUCACAAGGAGUCACAGCUCGUGAUUCCGUGGUGCACGUACACGGAUCCAGAGGUUGCACACGUUGGCAAGUAUGCGCGUGACCUUGAGCGUGAUGGCGUUGCGUAUGAGGUGCUGCGUCGGGACCUCUCCCACGUCGACCGCUGCAAAUGUGAUGGCGAUACGGUUGGGUUUGUGAAGCUGCUGGUACGGGCCGGGGGUGAUGAGAUCCUGGGCGCGACCGUUGUUGGUGCUACAGCCGGUGACAUGCUCUCCGAAAUCACCAUGGCAAUGCAGGUCACACCUCGUGCUGUGAGCGUUUUCAUGCGCACUCCGCCCUCACGUCCACCACACAUGCUGUUCACACGCCGGUAG